AAGAAGGAAGGAUAGAAUCGACAUGACGCCUGAGGCGGGGAUGAUACAGUAUAUAUACCUUCGGGAAUAGGACGACAUCGGAUGCGUCAAGGCUACUCAUAACGCAACAUGGAUGUCGCGGGGCUGCCGGGGUCGUGUAAUUUUAUUAAGGUCUAGGGGUGCUUGAGAAAAAAUAGAUGUACAAUAUUAGGACAACAAAGGGCAUGAUGUGUGGCAGUUGUUAUUUUGAUUGAUAGGAAGAGUGUGAGCAGGAGAAGAGUGCUGGAUAUACGAACGCGUCCAUGUUUCACUGCAAGGAAAGUAUGACAACGAAUAGAGCUAAAUAUGACUGAGAUGAAGUUACUGCAGCAGACAGAGGCAAAGAGAUGGAAAGACAAAUGAGGGGGAUAGUCCAUAUGAAUAAACACAGCAAUAACUAUCAUGGUUCUAUACUUAUCCAGCACGCGCGUACAAGCUCCUCGCCUCGUCGCUGUGCCCGGACUGACUCUGGCCCUGCUUUGUACUCGGCACCGCCAACGCAGGCUGUUUCGGUUCUUCCGAGUUCACCACAAACAGCGUGCUUCGCGAGCGCUCAGGCACAUGAAUCUCCGUGCUCAUGUCGCCGCUCUUUACGCUCCCAGCCGUGCUCUGCCCACUGGGGCCGGCCCCGCCGUCGCAGCUCUCGCGCGUACCGUCCAUCAUCGACAGUGUCAGCGACAGCCGCGACGGCCGCCGCUCGCGCUUGCCAAACAUGAUCGGUGAGCUCGCACUGUCGGAUUCGUCGCCGUCGCUGGCAUAAAGUGGCCAGGACUGACGCAUGUACGCGGACGGUACCGUAGAGGACGAGUGGAAGUGCCCUGGCGUCGAUGACCGCGAGUUCGGCUGGCUCUGGCCUGGGGCGAUCGCCGUCGUGGCAAAGAAGGUGGGGGUCGGCGCACCGCUUUGGUUGAAGCUCAGCCCCGUACUCGAGCGGUUCAUGGAGUGCGGUGUCGUUGGUGGGUUGUUCUGCGAAUACGUAGAGGAGCGGGCCUGCGGCGAGUUUGGACGGGAAGAACCACGCGAAUUGCGACUUCCGAGCCCACCGUAGUGAUAUGGCUUUGGCUCGGUGCUGUCUUCUGGCCUCAUCGGGUUAGAUCCGUCUCUGUAGGCCAUCGACGGAAGGUCCGGUGUUGGAGGUCGUGAUAUGCAGCUUCUGCGUCGCCAUAACCACCAGAUGAAUACUACAAUCGCUAUCAAGCCGAAGAAGCCACCCAGAAUCCCGCCAACCACUGGAGCAAUGAAGCUAGAGCUGGUUGAAUGAUGCGAGUUCAAACCUCCAGCAACACUAGAGCUGGGAAAUAGCGCUGACACAGGGGCCAAAGUUGAUGUAUACGUCGUCAAAACAUACACAACCGACCCAUCCGACUGCGUAGUUGUUUGCGUGGUCACAAUUACCGAGGGCGCUGGAGUUAUAAGCGAUGUAUAGAAUGGCGUUGAUGUUGAAGGGCCUGAUACAGACGAUGGACCGGACUGCUGAAUGGUCGUUGUCGUGGCAGUAGAAGCAGUGGAAGACGUAGUGGAGGACGCUGAUGAAGGGGCGUCGGAUGGUAGUUCCUGACUUGAACAUGACGCGAAGAGAGUCGCGGUCGGGGACACUUGUGUGAAUUCAUAUACAACUGCUAGUGGCACCUGGAUUGUCGAGGGCCCUCCUGCGAAUACGGUGCUCACCACGGCCACCUCUAUAGUCACGCAGCCUGUAUCAUGGGGGUCCGUCCCGGUCGCUGAGCAUGAUUCAGUCGUGAACGUCGUUACCACUGGCGGAAGUGUGGUCACGCUUGCUGAGAAAGUGUGGCUGAUGCUAGUGCUCGCGAUAGACGUGUACAGCGUCGUCGUCGGGGUCGCGCUGCACGCCAUUCGCUUGCCGAGUGCGUCGGCCUAUACCUCUGACCAGCCUGGUGCCGUCGUCGUCGGUGAGAGGAGCGAAUCUUGGUGGUGUUCAAGAUGGCGGCGACGGCGAGUGCCAGCCGUUUCUCAGCGCCUCGUGUUAGAGAGAAAUGAGCUCAACCGCCGCCGUAUCAGGCGUGCAUCGUGCCGCUUUCGUCAAGAACGACGGCGUGGGUAUUCGCCAAACGGUGCUGGGAACUGGCUUUGCAGGUCGUCCGGCCGCGCAAAAAUGCGACGGGAGUGGGGAACGUGGUGGUGAGCGGCAAGUGCGAGAUGGGCAAGGCCUGCGAGAGAUCGCCAAUCUCUUCCCCAACCGUCAUCCCAUCGCACGCGUCCGCACUCAACCCUCUGGUGACCAUCUGCGUACUCUUUCUACUAUUCUUGCAAUGUGCAAACACAUUUUGAACGCUCAGGUAGCCAUCCGUGCACCGUGCUGCAAGCAGUGGUUCGAUUGCGCGGAGUGCCACGCAGAAAGUCAGGACCACCGCCUGCGCAAGACGACCGAGAUGGCCUUCAUGUGCAAGAAAUGCAAGAAGGCGUUUCGUAAAGACAUGGCAAGCUACGAAGACAGUGACGAAUAUUGCCCACAUUGCGAUAACCACUAUGUUGUUGAGGCGAAGACGCCGCAAGCCGCGCUUGGCGUUGAGGGUGAUGACCCCCGUAUCAAUGCUCGCAUGCUCAAGGACGAGCGGGUCAAUGAAGACCCAACACGUUCCAUAUUUGCACAAGACUUCGCGGACCGACUUGGCUAGAAUACAUUCUGGACCCAGAUUUCUGUUUCACCAUCAUUGUCGCCUCGCUGUGUGCUGUCGUAUACCACUGUAAUCGUGUUAUUGUUGUCCCUCAUCAGAUCCGACACCCCGCUCAGCAGGCGGGACGACCUCCGGAGCACAGCAGGAAAGCCCAAGAAUAGACCGCCAAGUGCAUAGCCGUCGUAUUGAUCAAUCCAGGAUCCCCCGAACUCUGCUAGCGAUGCUGUGGUGUGUUUCUAUUCAGACUCGCACUUUGUGCGCCAUAACCGCUUUCCAUCACGGCGCGAAGUGUUCUAGUUACGCUGGUCCCACUCUAGGUGCCCCCGACCUUGUCUGCUGUUACGUUCCUUUCACUUGCCUCCGCCGCUAGCGUGCGCUAACCUCGGGUCUAGUCCUCUUCGUCGUAUGUGACUCGAUUCCCAGUACUCGUCGCGAGUGUAUUCGAGAAGUCGUCGCGUGGGCAACUCCAGAACCUCUGGACUCGGGGAUGAGUCAGCCCAGAUCCAUCUAACGUCAGAUGUGUCCAACUGGGAUGCUCACUCGUGCUAGAACGACCGAGCAGCUUGAUUGAGUUUCAUACAAGCUCCCUUAGGGCGCACUGGCUCUCGACCUCAUGUAAGCGCUAGACAUUCGGACGAUCGGAGUACUCCGCAGAAUCCCGCCUCUGCGCGUCCCUGCAGCUCACUUUUAGUUUUUUGCUACCCACAGCUGGGCGUGGCGUCUCACGACGGGCUGCAGGCUAAUCCAUGCGAUGUUGCAUUGCUUCCAGAUUUACUACGAAUUUCACCUUCGAGGGGCAGGCGUCGUCAAGCGGUAGCCUUGUGGCGCCCAAUAAAACCCGCGUAACGUGGCCACCGGUGGACCGACGUCCGACGACAGAGCGGACAAGGACGAUAAUAAGCAGAUACAGCCACUCUUGUUCCCACCCCGGCGUCCAGCGGACUAAAUCUAUCGCAUGACGCAACACGCGUCCGGCAUGUGUGUGCAGAGCGCUAUGCGCUAACACAGCGGACGUAGGGGGACCGCGGCCUCUCUUGCUCGCAACUUUCGAUCCGAGCUGCGAGACGGCAAGGAUGGAGGCUGCUGCCUACUCCGUGUAUAAAAGGUCUGUUGCUCCCUUCGUCAGUCCCCAGUGUUCUGCUCACCCAACACAUCCCAGCUCUCUUCGGAGUUACCGCCUCGUCCCACCUUCCUUAGUGCAUCCGAGUAGCAGUAAACAGCCAUGGGUAACCACGCUCUCGACCUCAACCCGCCCGAUGCCGUGUUCCACAUCACCACCCACGCUUCGGACUGGCUGUUCUCGAUGUUCUCCUUCAACACCUUGGUGCUCCUGUUGGUCAUCGGUCUGACCCUCACUCGUCCCCGCGGUACCCGUCUGUUCCACAACCUUGCGGUCAUCAUCCUUACUACGACGUCCAUCGCCUACUUCUCCAUGGCUUCUGACCUCGGUGCUGCCGGCAUCGAUACUGAGUUCCGUGAGACCGGUGCUCCCGCAACCCGCCAGAUCUGGUAUGUGAGGUACAUCCAGUGGUUCAUCACCUUCCCGCUCCUCCUCCUGUCGCUGCUCCUCACGACUGGUCUCUCGGUCUCCGACAUUCUCACCACGCUCUUCAUGUCGGAGGUCGUCGUCAUUUGCGGCUUGGUUGGCUCCCUCGUCCACAGCACCUACAAGUGGGCCUACUUCACCUUCGGUACCGUUGCGCUCUUCUACGUCUGGUACUCGCUGCUCGUCAACGGCCCGCGCACUUCGUCCCCCGGCGGUGGUGCCUUCAGGACCGGCUACUGGCUCUCCGCGGGCUACGUGUCCUUCAUGCUCCUUACGUACCCCAUCUGCUGGGCAUGCUCUGAGGGUUCCAACCUCAUCACCCCGACGGACGAGAUGAUCUGGUACGGUAUCCUCGAUCUCAUCACCGGCCCCGUCUUCCUGUCGUUCUUCCUGUUCCAACUCCGCGCCGUCGACUACGAGUCCUUCGGCUUCGCUUCUGGCAAGUACAGCGAUGCCGUUGCCGCCCCGGUGCGCCCGACCAAGGCUCAGGAGGCCGGUGCUGUCUAAGCAGAGAGAGUGGUUGGGUGGUAGGAGAUGAAGGCGCGGGCUCAACGGGCACACAAGUAAAAGCCCGCGCCUGUGCUCUCCUACUCCGAUUCCACGCAGUUCACGAAACUUCUUUACGAAACUUUUUCUCACGUCUCCUCACGAAUACCUGAUGGUAUAUUGUACUAUCUUCUUUUUUUGCUCCGUGUAAUACCGUCCCUACCCCCAACCCUCCCCGCUUUUCAUUUCUAGAGCGCUUUUUUAAUAGGAAUGUAAUUAAUUUGGCCUGUGGCUUUCUGGAAUUGCAUUCUGGAGCUUAAUUGUCAUAUCUACCAUUGGAUCAUAAAACUGGCUGAUCUACCGUUUUAUCGGGAAAUACGGCAGUGGGAGUAUUCUGUACUUUGUCGGCUCAGGCCCGUGCUCUGGCGGGAUUGAUGG